ACUGACAGAUGAAAGAGAUUUCCUAAGCAUAAGACAUUGUUUUUUAUUUUCAUCGCUUGCAAAUGAUAUUUGCGAGUGAAAUUUGUUCAACAUAAAAAAAUUUUAACGUACAAUUUGAGUUAUGUCUGAUAAGCAACCGUACGACAACGUUGAGUUCGAUUGGGUUAAGCUGGUUGCAGAUUUGAAUCCUGACCAAGAGACUUUUAUCGAAAAAUGUAAAAGAAAGUUUAACGAAAAUCCAUUUGUGCCCAUUGGUGCAUUUGGUGCAAUCGGAGCUCUUUCGUAUGGUUUGUUUUCCAUGUACAAAGGCGAUGUACAGAGAUCACAAUAUGCGAUGAGAGCGCGUAUUGGUUGCCAAGGGUUUGCCGUUGCAGCUUUGAUCGUUGGGUUCAUCUAUGGCCCACCCUCACCAGCAACUCGAGAUAACCGCUAAUAUAUUUGCAGCCGAUGAAAUUUGUCGAUUAUAGAUUGUAUGGAAUUUUCUUUCCUCUCUUCAGAGCAAUGUUUCUCUUUUGUAGUGUAAAUUUAGACAUUUUCAAACGCAACUGAUGUGCAUAUUUAAGAAUCAUAAUAAAAGGAAGGGAAAAUCAAUAACAAG